CUGGCAGCCACGAUCUUGGCUCCAGCUAAUUUACCCUGGAACUGCUAUAGCUCGAAGUUCUGCUAGAUGCCGCAGGAGAAGGGUUCCCGAAAUGAGGACUCUGGCCUGAGCAGAGCACGCGAGCUCGCGACUCUCGACAUGGUCAACAGUCGCGCAGUCCUGGACCACACCCAACGGGAUGCAAUCAAGCAGUCGACAUCAUUGCUCAGGGCAGAGCUCGCGCGCAUCGACGCGGAAGCCCGGCGCCUGAAGGCUUUGCGAGGGGAGCUAAUCGCCCAGCUUCAAAUCAACGAAACUCUCCUCAUCCCUAUUCGUAUGCUUCCGCACGAUGUCCUCUCCGACAUCUUCCUCGAAGUCGUCUCGAGAUACCGCGCAGUCUCACGCAACCUCGGAACUCCAGCCAUCGCCCGCGUCUGCCGCGAAUGGCGCGCUAUCGUUUUUCGCGAUCCUCGUCUAUGGACCGUUGUCAAUGUCCCAUAUCGCGACGAUUGGAAUGAGAGCGUGGAGGCUAUCAUAGAGGCUUAUCUUUCUCGCUCUCUGCAGCUCUCCUUACACGUCUGCGCCAGGGGGGACAUGCGCGAUCCUGAGCCGUACAGGAGCGGGAGCGCAGACGACGACGACGCCUCAGUGGUUGAUCUCACCAUAUCCGAUGACGAUCCAACCCUAUUUGAUAUGUUUGCGUUACGUGCUAUUCAGUGUAUCGCUGCGCUGUCCGCACACAGGUGGAAGUCUCUUUGUCUAUCAGGGCACCGGGCCGUCUUCGACCAACAAACACAACUGGAGCUCCCCAUCCUCGACAGCAUCACCAUUGCUGCAAGAUCAUCAUACGUUAUUCUCUCUGACGCAUUGACUCUGUCCUUUCUGGCGCACGCUCCUUGCCUGCGCAAGAUUGUCGUGGACGUACGAAUCGCCUUUUAUGAUCUGCCCAAAUGGGAGACGCUGAAGCACGCCACGUACCUUCUGCGCGAAUGCUCUCGGGCGGAAUUCAACAAUAUCGACGACCAGCUCUGCAGUCAAGAGCAGCUUGAGACGCUUGCCGUUAUUCAACAGGACUGCGACACAUAUGAUCCGGUUGCCCUGCGCGGUGAACGCUUGUUCUCCGGUACAUUUAUGCCUCAUCUCGCCACCAUCACCGUGUCUGGUGCUGGACACUCGAUCCUCACUGCCCUUCUUGCACCCGCGCUUCAAAUGCUCGUCGUACAUGAUGCGUACCAGGAUUGCUAUGAUGAGGAGGACCCGGGCGUCAUAUCGUUUAUUAUGCGUAUGGAUUCCCAGUGUGCGUUGCGAUCCCUGCGCGUUCUCAAACUGGUCCGCGUCCUUCUGGAUCAAAAUGCCGGGAUGGACCUUGUGUUUCGAUGCUUGGAGCGUCUACCGUCGUUGGAAUCGCUACAUAUCGAAAGCAGUCGACACCUCUCGGAUGCGCGGAGUAUCCUGCGCUACGAGCUGCUAGUGUGGCUAACUCGCACGGCGGAAGCGCCCGCGCGCCUACCGAACCUGACGAACCUCGUCCUAUAUUUUGGCAAGGAGCGCCAUAAGGGGGCCAAGUCCCGCCUGCGGAACCUCCUAGCAUCUAGGGAGACUUGUGGAAGUGCAGAAGGUGUAUCCCUCAAGGCCCUAACGCGCUUCAGGACGGAUAUCAGCAAGGAGCUUCAGAUUGGGUAGUCGGAGGUAGCAGUAUUUUCAACGCAUUCAUGUAGACCUGGACGUAGCCGGAUCAUUGAACACCCCAGACUAUCUCAAUGCCCUUCAGAGCGG